GUGAGACUCGUGGAAUCGGUGGCAUAUUCUUUGACGAUCUGGAGGGUGAAUCACACGAGAAGACUUUUGAAUUCAUUCGGUCUUGUGCUGAAGCCAUCAUUCCGGCCUAUCUUCCAAUUGUGGAGAAGCGUCACAAAAUGCGAUAUCUGAAUGCUGAACGCUCGCUGUAUAUAUUUACCUUCCCCAGAGAAUGGCAACUGGUUCGACGGGGACGAUACGUAGAGUUCAAUCUGAUCUACGAUCGUGGUACGAAAUUUGGUCUGGCGACACCCGAAGCUCGUGUUGAAAGCAUUCUGAUGUCGUUACCGUUAUACGCGUCCUGGGUCUAUUGUUACGACACCACGAAAGAUCCACGAAAUCAGGAGUUACUCAAUGUGUUGGUGAAACCCCAAGAUCCGGAAGCAUUCAGUUUUCAUGCAUGCGCGUUUGUUGUAUCCAUAUUUCAGUCGGAAACUCAGCGCAACCUCCUAUCUCCCUCUGGGCGAAACUGUCAUCCGAAAACGGUCAUGUCCCGGCGUCAUUUGGAAUCGGCCCUGGUGGCCGGGGCGAUGAUCGAGUCCGGAUUAGCUCCUUGUUUUCGAUUCACACGUAUUCGAUUUGUCCGUUUUUGCUUCCCUCCGGGCUACGAUAGUAACCAGAAUCGCACGGACGAUACGGACGAGUUGCCGAUAGACGAUACGGACUCGGGACAACGUACACUGGAGCCUGGAUUCUCCAACAGUGCCACGGUCACAUCCACAUGUACUUGCUCUUCGUCCAGCCAAAAUCCCACAGAUCCAACCGGGAAUAGGAGCGGAUUCGAGAACAGUGUGAGUGCGAUGCUUGGCGAUGGGGAUUGUGAGAAACCGGUCCCGGUUGGCACGGGACCGUGUCGGUUGCAUAUGCAGGACUAUUUACGUCGACAUCCGUGGCGUCGACUUCACGAUGAUUACGCGGUUCAUUCGGUUCAGUUCAGUGGUGAUGGCAAGUUGCUCCUGGCCGGAUCGGCCAAUACAAGCGUGAGAGUAAUACACACCGCGGAUGGCAGUCAAAAACAACUGCCCCGACCGUCCAAAUGGGCUUUGGGCAUGCCGGUCACUGCGAUUCGUUUUAUGCCACCGAAAUACGUGUGGGCACUGGCGUGCAAUUCACACGGUGAAGUGUUCACAUUUAAUCCGGAUCGAGAAGGAUUUGAAACCGUGUUCAAAGGUAAGUGA